UGCUUGGGUAUAAUGAAUGGUUCGGAGGACAGAGCCAGUUCCAAGACAUGCAUUCUCUCCAUCCGUCAUACAUGUUCAACGCGCCAGAGGUCACCAACGAAUACAAUCUCCUAGGCGACUUUCUCAGCAACAGCCUACUGGACGAUGGAGCAAUGUUUCAAAACGAUGAAGCGAUUCGAGGAAUCUACGAUCCUGGCUUGAUGGCCUCCAUGACUACGUUGAAUGGACCCAACUCGGCGAUGCUGCAACAACCACAACCCUCGGUAUCAGCUCAGAAUCACAAUAUCCAGGGAGACGCCACACACCGCCCGACUGCGGCGGUAGGAAAUGACAAGGCUAGAGAAACGUACUAUAUGACUGCGGCAGACCCCUCCGGCUCCGCCCCUCCAGAGGAGCGGAUGAACAAACUCCUCAAAGCCAAGUACGAUGCAGGGUUACUAAAGCCGUUCAAUUACGUCAAAGGCUAUGCCAGACUAAACCAGUACAUGGAGAAAAACAUGCAGCAGGCAUCUCGACAGAAGAUUCUGCGGCAGCUCGACAGGUUCCGUCCCAAGUUCAGGGAGCGCAUGCAGAGUCUGACUGAUGUCGAACUCAUUCUUGUGGAGAUGUGGUUCGAGCGAAGCCUGAUGGAAUAUGACCGCGUUUUCGCCAGCAUGGCCAUCCCCGCAUGUUGCUGGAGAAGAACGGGCGAGAUCUUCCGCGGCAACAAGGAAAUGGCCCAGUUGAUCGAUGUUCCGAUCGAAUCCUUCAGAGAUGGUAAACUCGCCCUUCACGAGAUCAUAGUCGAGGACCAGCUGGUGAGCUACUGGGAAAAAUUUGGCGCAAUCGCCUUCGACAGCACCCAGAAAGCAAUGCUCACCAGCUGUACCUUGAAAAAUCCCAACGCCACUUCGAAUACAGAUGGCAUCCAAUGCUGUUUUUCAUUUACGAUCCGACGAGAUAACCACAAUAUACCUUCUCUUAUUGUAGGAAAUUUCCUACCAAUACGGAGACAAAAAUACUGAAAUCAGACGAUGUUAUUUAAGAUUUAUGUGAUGUUUAUGGUGUUGGUUUGUCACAGGUCCA